GCCGCCACAGUCGGUGAUGACGUGUAUGCGCUCACGCGUCCCGGAAGUGAAGGUGUAGCUGGAAAGAGUUUGGAAACAAACUAGCGAUCGGAUGAGUAAAUGUCAAUCCUUUGACAGACAGGUUAAUUGUUGACAGCGCAGUGAUUGACAGACAGUGUGUGAUGAUGUAUCGCUCCGUCGCCGCGUGCGGUCUGAUGAUUUUAAUACUGACAGUGUCUGAGAGCAGCGCGAGGAUCCACCAGCUCAAACUCAAGAAUGAGACGCGGUUUGUCGUCCAUUUGAACACGUUCGGUUAUUUCGCUAACGGCACUCUGGACGUCCACCUGGUGUCUCUGACUCUUCCGCCAGUGAAGGGCAACUCGCCUCACCCGGUGGGCUUUAGUUUGGCUCGGUCUCGAGUGAGCGGGAUCCUGUCCAUCACCGCUGAGGAGAUGGAGGAGUGCCUGCUGCUGAAGACCAAGAGUGAAGAUGAACUCAUCCUCUUCCUCAUUGACACCGAUAACCACAGUGUGCGCGUGAAGCACAUGGGCUCUUCUGACGUUGUGCUGGUGUCCAGACUGAAGCUGGAGAAGACGACGGGUGAAGUCAAAGCGAGGAGGAAAAGGGAAGAAACAGUCGACAAGAAGGCAAAAGAACAGAGUGAUGAAGGGAAAGGAAAACAGAAAGAAAAUUCACAAGAUCAGGCCAAAGUGACGGCUCCUGUCAGCAAGCCGGUGGAGAGUUUGGAUGGGAAGGUGCUGGAGCUGGAGCAACACGGCGAAUCCUACAACUUCAGCUUCCGUCUCAUCAUGAGCGCGAGCUCACAGGGCCUGUACAGUCUGGACUUCCAGAACUGCAACAACAUGAGACCGGCGACGCCGAGUCCAUACUCUCUCCAUGUGGAGAUCACGGAGAAGAAUCCCAACGGUUAUCUGUCGGCGUCUGAUAUUCCCCUUCCGCGCCUCUACAUCUGCAUGGCGGCAAUCUUCUUCACCGCCGCUGUGGUCUGGACAUACACACUGCUCAAGUACAGGUACAGUGUGUUUAAGAUCCACUGGCUGAUGGCGGCGCUGGCGUACACUAAAGCCGUGUCUCUGCUGUUUCACAGUAUCAACUAUCACUUCAUCAACUCCGAGGGUCAUCCUAUCGAAGGCUGGGCCGUCAUGUACUACAUCACACACCUGCUGAAGGGGGCUCUUCUGUUCAUCACGCUGGCUCUCAUUGGCACCGGUUUUGCCUUUGUUAAAUACAUCCUGUCAGACAAAGAGAAGAAGAUCUUCAUGAUUGUCAUUCCUCUGCAGGUUCUGGCUAACGUGUCCUAUAUAAUCAUCGAGGAGACUGAGGAGGGAGCAAGCGAAUACACUCUUUGGAGGGAGAUCCUGUUCCUGGUGGAUCUCAUCUGCUGCGGAGCCGUCCUGUUCCCUGUCGUCUGGUCCAUCCGGCAUCUGCAGGAGGCUUCUAACACGGACGGAAAAGCUGCCAUGAACCUGGAGAAGUUGAAGCUCUUUAGACAUUAUUAUGUGAUGAUCGUGUGUUAUAUCUACUUCACACGGAUCAUCGCUAUACUGCUGAAGGUCACUGUGCCGUUCCAGUGGCAGUGGUGCCAAGAGUUUUUAGUGGAGGUUUCUACUCUGAUCUUCUUUGUCUUGACGGGAUUCAAGUUCCGUCCAGCAUCAAAUAACCCGUACCUCCAGCUGCCUCAGGACGAGGAGGACCUGGAGAUGGAUGAAGUUAUAACAGAAUCGGGAGCGUUGGAAGGCAUCCACAAGGUGAAGAAGACAUCUAACGGCCGAGAGAGACAGAGAGAGGUUGCGUUGUGAGUUUCAUAUCGAAGAGGGUGGAGCCUGGACUUUAAACUCCUCCCCUUUCAAAGGUUGCUACCAUGGUAACCACAGACUCGCUAUGCAAGUGAAAUAAAGACGGAAUGGAAAAAAACGUGCGAGGAUAAAGUGCACCUGACGCGAUUUCCGUCAGAUCUCCAUGAGAGAACGAGCUGAUUUUCCCAUACAGACUCUGGGACAGCCGUGACAGACCGAAUCUUUUGCUUUGGUUUACAGUAAUGAUAUGGUCACUCUGCUCUAUCCGUUAAUUUGUUUGCUAAUGUUUUUCUUUCAUUCCAAAGAUUUACAAUCAUUAUACUGGAUGUGCUCAAUUAAUUUGAUUUUAGCCUUCUUUUAUUUCCUAUUAUUAUUUAACCAAUGCUGUUUUUUUUUUUUUCUGAAUUGAUGCUACUGUUUGUAUAUCAUGGUUUUGUGUAAAAAAUGUUAUUAGACUGCUGGAGACUGUUGUUGUUGUUGUUGUUCAUAAAACAGACACCAUCAGUUAUGCUUAAGAUUUGGAGAAAGGUAAUCUGAAUGAAACCAUUGUUGUUGUUUUUUUGCCUCAGAUUGAAUAGGUUGAUUUUCUGCCGUUAUAUAUUUCUUUAAUGUGUGUUUCACCAGGGUCUGCGACUGUCAACAUUUAUAUUCUAUCCUUGAUGAAGCCGAAUGUUUCUGAGAUGUGAAACAAUUUUUAUCAGUCAUGCGAUAACAAAUCGUACCAUUAACGAUUUGUCUUUUGCGUCUUUGGAGUAGGUUGUGCUUUAUUUUAUAAAAUUUUUCUGAUGGCUCCAUCUACCCCAUUUAUAUUACACCUUGAAAUGUAUAGCCUGCUGUUAAAAAUGAAGGACUAACCACUGUUACACCGCGUAUAUACUGCGCAUGCGCAAAUUGCAGCGCUGCCGUUAAAACAAAACGGUCUACAUUGAAAGCGCGCGAAGCUUCCGUCAAUGUAAUACCAGUCGCAGUAUAGACACGGUUAAGACUUGAGAGCUUCCCCAGAGCGUCACUCCAGAUUUUAGCCAGUUUUCCCUCCUCCUUCAGUGCUUUUAGUCUGGCUAAUAUUUCCAUAAACUGUCAAGAGAAAUAAACUUUUCCUGCUUGAUUUUGCUGGUUUAUCAUGUGAAUUGUGUUCGAGUUUAAAAUAAAUAAAAUAACUUAAAUCUC